CUUGAAUUGCAAUGCUCGCUACGACGGCGACAUUUUGACAAGAUCCGGAACCGACGACUUUAGAAGCCCUCCCGCCCUCGCGACGACACCCGCUCCGCUCGCUCAGGAAAAGCAUCAACAAAUCAUCCACAAUGGCGAGCAAGCUCACUCCCUUCAUCCGCUCCGCCAUCCGGCCGGUGUGCCGGGCUGCCCGCCCUCAGUCUCGCGCCGCCUUCUCUCUCACAGCCAGCCGACGAAGCGACACUCUCAUGGUGCAUCGAAACACCGAGGACAACAACCCCGACAUCCCCUUCAAGUUCAACGAGAAGAACCAGACCGUCAUUGCCGAGAUCCUCAAGCGAUACCCUCCCCAGUACAAGAAAGCUGCUGUCAUGCCUUUGCUGGACCUCGGCCAACGCCAGCACGGCUUCACCAGCAUUAGCGUCAUGAACGAGGUCGCCCGUCUUCUUGAGAUGCCUCCCAUGCGAGUGUACGAGGUUGCCUCUUUCUACACCAUGUAUAACAGAACACCCGUGGGCAAGUAUUUUGUCCAGAUCUGCACUACGACACCUUGCCAACUUGGAGGCUGCGGAUCUGAUGUUAUCGUCAAGGCCAUUAAGGAGGAGCUCGGAAUUGAGCAGGGCCAGACCACUGCCGACGGUCUCUUCACCAUUCUCGAGGUCGAGUGCCUCGGUGCCUGCGUCAACGCCCCCAUGAUCCAGAUCAACGACGACUACUAUGAGGAUCUCACCCCCGCCUCCGUGAAGGACCUCCUCAAGUCGCUCCGGGCCCAGGCUACUGCUUCCGAUCCCUCUACUGUCAACGUUCCUAAGCCUGGUCCUCUCAGCAGCCGAGAUACAUGUGAGAACAGUGCUGGUCAAACAAGCCUCAACGCGGAGCCCUGGGGAACCGAGACCACAAGGGCGGACCUGUAGAAUUAUAACAUUAUUAUCUCUCUUUUUUAGUUCAAUAGCAAGAAAUGCAAAAAGUGUCCGGCGGGAGGAGGCUUCAACUGUACAUAACACCAUGUCAAAUGCUAUUUCAGGUAUAGAAUGCGUGG